GUCAAAUCAAGCACGAUGACGAGCUAUAGGAUAAGAAACCAAUAGAAGCAGCGGAGAAUAUGCAAGAGACGCACAAGAAGCAAUAGCAAUACACAGGAAGGAUAAUGACUUUGUCCCUCAGCGCGUCUCCGCGCAUUAAUUCCCGCAUGAAGCGUAGUGCGCUGCUCGUGCAACUAGCUUCACGCCGGGCGGUUAUUUCAGUUGCGGCGUACGACUACCAAAACGCCACCGACCUGGGCGACGGCAUUCGCGAGUUCACGGUGAACCACGAAGGGGUAGAUUUGAAAGUCCAGGAGUUGGUCCAACAGCCGUCGUUUCUUGUUGAGCGUCAAUCGGACUUCCACGACGCACAAGGAGAUUCCUUAACCAAACAAGCAUGCGAGACGCUCUUUAACGAAGAGAAUGAGCUAGCUGUACGACAAGCUUUCGAAAAUCUCCAAAAUCUUCACACUAAGGCGAAAAAACACACGAAGGCUUCACAUAAGCACAUGAAAGAGUACAACCAUCACCAUUCACACGCCAUAGUGUCGCUUCUCGGCUUGUCGUCGGGCGCUCAGGCGGAGCGCGGAUUCGCGGAGCGCGGAUUCGCGAAGCGCAGCACGCGCGAGCACCAAGGCAGAGGCAGGAGGCACGGGAAGAUGAUGAAGGAGAAACUUCACGAAUUGAUCGCGCACGUGACGGAAAACUUUGAACACGGUUUUGAAGUGGCUCUGGAGGAAAUGACGGAAAUUGCGAGUAUGUUUAAACAACGGACACAAGCUGCAGCCGCUUCGCUCUUCAAUAAAGAACACGUACCAAACGACGCCAAACAAUUGCUUUCGCAAUUCAUCACAACGUUUUCUGACAACUUGAAUGAACUGAAGCGAAGCGCGGAUAGCACCUUCAAUUCGAAAGUGGCUGAAGGCGCGAGGCACUUGACCCACACGACAAUGCAUUUGGUGCACACCCACUUGACUGAUGCUCUUAUCGGUCUGAAGAACGGGGUCGAGGCUAAAGCGGUGAGCGCGGUCUUCAGCCACGUGCCCUCGUUUGUAACCAACAAGAUCCUCGACGCGGUGGAAAAGGGUACCGGCGCCGAAGAAAAGUUGAUACAGGUGUGUCAAUUUUUGGAAAAUCUCAGCGAAGUGGCCAUUCGCAAGACCGUGGACCUGACCGUCCAAAUUGGCGCUACAUUGCAGACCGUGAUAUUCGGGGUGUUUCACUCAAUGGACGACAGCACGCACGGCAUCACCCCGGAAGCCAAGCACCAGGGCCUUGUAGAAUCUCUUGAGGGCGCAAUCGAGAAGCGCAACCACGCCUUUCGGCGCACGAGAUCUGGGGAGCUCUCUGGGAGUUCGUACCUGCAGGACCUCGAGGAGCGGCUGUUGCCGCCGCCCCCCCCCCCCUCCUCACCCACCAAUGCCCUCGGACCUCAUAGCAACCGGGGUGGCGACGUGCUUCCGGCUUUAUCGCAGGAUUUCCAGGGUGGCGUGUCCGGGAACUCUACUUUCAUCGGCCUCACGAUGAAACCAUCAUUACCACCAUUCGUGCAGGGUGCGUUCCAGAACAUGCGGAAGGCUGUGGUGCAUCAAGCGUUUGCUCUGGUCUUGGAUCAAGUCGAGAACUUCCUGGGUGACAAGCUCGCGACCGUUCUCGCGUCGUUUCCACGAGGUGCGCAUCUAGUGGGCGCAGCGUUUACCAGCAUGGCGCACACGGUGUUUGACUCGUUUGAAGAACAUGUCGUGGUACCCUUGUCCUGGGCCCUACCAGCUUCGAAUGAUGGUACAUCACACACAAAGAAGUGGGACGAAGCCAAAAAGGGAAUCCUAAAAGAUUUUCAUGAUGUCUAUGACAUGACUGUGAGACACGCCGUGUACGUGUACAUCUCCGACAUUGCGCACGCUGUUCUUUGCGCUUACAGCGCUGCGGUUCCGGUGCUUUUGGGGCCAACGUCGAAGGACAUGCACAUGAAAACGCAUCUCUCGGUGUUGCAAAAGGAGAUGUUUGCCACUAUCUUCCCGGACGAUCUCAGGCACGAAUUCUGGAAAGACGAAGAGAAGAUAUUCGAGGAUGCAGAAAACGAAAAAACAGAAUUAAAUUGCGCAGCGUCGAAAUCGUCGCAGGUAAGACCAAUUGCAAGAAAAGUUGCGAUGUUGUAGUAAAAAUGCAAUGGACUCCGAUGAAAUUACUAGUGCUAGCCCAUAGCCAUACCCAAUGCAUUUGCAUGUGUGUUUUUGAUGUGAUGUGGUGGCGCAAGAACUUCUCUCGGAGUGGACGGGCGUUUCCUAUUGACCGUUCCAAGAUCGGCACCGGCCUGAAUUCUUUUCGAGUCCGCGUCUGAGUUUUUUCUCCAAUGGAGCGCGCUCAUGUGUAACAAAAGACAGACUAACUAACUCCAUGAUCCAGGUUGUGCAGAGCAACAACGGCCCGCGGGGCCCCAGGCCGGCGAAGACGAACCGUUCCGUGCACCCCAAGAUGAAAGAUGUAAUUGAUCAGGAGGUCCCUGACCCUGGACAAGAUAAAGAUUGAGAUUUUGGAGAAGAGUUGUUGAUGGAGACAAUCCGGCUUCAAGGGCGAAGAAGUGCAGUCGAAAGGCGUCUCAGCUCGCUAAGGAGUAAAUUCAAACUUCCUGCACACGUACAAAAGCGGCGUUUUUCUAUCCUGGAAAAUUGACAAAAUAGAACUGUCCUUCAAAGAAACUAUAAUUUAGAACCCUGAAGAGAAGUAACAACAUGCGCGCGCAAUAAGAAUGCAGAUACAGGAAUUAUGUUAGCAAUGGCCCUGCGUUGGUGUUGGUGUAGCUUGUGGCUAUCUUUCCUCGUAGCUAGGCUGACGGACACAGCCCGCCCCAGAUCCGCGCGCCUACCAGCAUCAGUAGCGUUUCCGGUCGACGCUGUGCGAUUCCUCCUCAGCUGCGUCUUGGAGUACCUGCUCUGGAGCCCCGCGGUGCUGUGCCCUCGGGGGCGGCUCCGGGCGAAAAUUAGCAGAGCCAGUUCCGUUCUGUUUUGUUGAUGUGCCAAGUGUCUAGCUGACCCAGGUACUUAAUUGGUAGUGGUUCGCUUGCCGUUUCGAUUUCAUCAUAAAGCGGGCGCCGGGCCCGCCCCGCCCAAUUCGUCUAACUUUAAAUGCACCCGAUUCGCCGGAGCCUUGGGCCUCGACGCCCUGUGCCCCCCUUCGUAUUGCCCGUUCCGGAAGCGCUUGAAAGCCGUUACAACUAUCGAGACGUCCUGUUUCCUUGUCCCGUUUGCCGUCUCCAUGCCCCCGUGGCAACUGGCUGCCACGUCCGAUGACAAGGCUGACCUGGCAGAGGGGUAGACGGACUGACUGGUCGGAGUGGGUUGGCUGGCUCGCUGGUGUUGAAGCGAGUUCAUUUUUUGAAUUUUUCUAGAUGCGAUUUCAUUUUCAAAUGACCUCAAAAUCGCAGUCCUAUUUUGUGUCCAGUCAGUAGAUUCAAUCUGUGUGCUAUGGUAAUCAACCAAGAGCGUGGGGCUCCUGUGCGCCAAUUUCCAAACAAGGAGAAACGAUGCACAGGGGAAUGCUCCGUUUCGCCAUAGCAUUGGGCUUAAAUCUACUGGACACAAAAAAGCAUUGUGAUUUUGUCUUCUUAAAGGCAGGAGAAUCUGAGCUGAGGCAGUCCUUUUUCUACCGGUGAGCUUUUUCGUCUGCGAAAACUUCGUGACCUUUCCCGCCGGCAAGAGUCUUCGUGAUGGAGAUCUCGCCUCGUAUUUUCUCAGCCGCAUACCGGCGGCGCAGAAAUUGCUGCUGUGUGUGAAUUCUGCAGAAGGUCAAAAUUGGCCAGGGCAAGGAGCUUGCGAUACGAAAUCAAAAGCAGCGACUCAAAAGAUGGCGGGGCACUUGCUGCCAGCGUGUCCAAACUCGCACCGCAUUAAGCCGGUCGCCUGGUUUCCAUCGCUUCAAGCAAAUUUCCGGCCGCAAUCGUCCACCAAGCGGAGAGACGCGGCGCAGUGUCCUGCGCGAGUCCCCGGCGCGUUCCUUCGUUCCUUAAGCCCCCGCCCUGAAAAGCGCGCCACGCAGUUCGCAGCUUCCCCUCCUCGCGCGCACCAAAAGUUUGAUCGCGCUACUCCGGUUGCGGGCGCCAGCGUGGGGCCGCGCCUCGGCCUGUUAUAUUUUCCGCGACAUGCGCAAAGCCGCCUUAGCUUUUCGUGCGCCCGCCGUGGCAGGCUGGCUUCCUUCGUACUGCACGCGGUCGGGGCGCGCCCGGCGCCUGCGCAUCUUCGCGGAGGGCUUGUUGUAGCCCUGCGCCAUCUAAGCUAGCGUGUGUUGUGACGGCGCGCAGCCCUGGCUGCAAGGGGCGAAUGGGAAGGCUCCGGGCAGGUAGUUAACGCCUGCCCCUGGUUACCAACCAACGUCAGUACCGGCGUGCAAAGUAUGAUGUGGACCCAGGACCCGGGCGCCGCCGAGGGGGCGGGGGCGCGAUCAGGCGUUCGGCUCGAAGCUGGCCAGCCCACAGCCGCCUCCUCCCAUUGUCAAUGGGCGCAGCUCGCUGUUGGCUAUGGCUGAUUGAUUCGGCGCUCGCGCCAAGCUGCACACCCAAGGCCCUGGGCUUCUGGCGUGGGGCGGUGUGUUUUCGAAUGGGCACGGACGCAGAUUGUAGCCCGAAAGGGGCAUGUCCGGACGAAAAUCCAAUACCUCUGCUGCGGCUCUUGCGCCGCAUCGAACUCGAUGCGACUACAACGGGAGUAGCCAGCUUGCUCCAUGUGCGUCGGGCGUUGCUUCGCUUUCAAGACAUUCGAUGAGUAAGCGUAGCGUGACGCGUGAUAGAUCAUCCUGCCGGCGGCUGGAUCAUACCAGAUAUGUAAGUGUAACCCGGAAGUAGAAUAUGUAUAUGGCUUCAGUUAGCAUUUCUUACCCCAUUCUUUCGCUAUUCGCUGACUCGCCGUCAGGGACAUUUUUUUAUUGUUCAAUGCUCAAGUACAAGUUGUGCCAAGUAGUUAAAGAUAAAUUAUAAAUUUUGAAGUAAAACAAGCUUACACAUGUUUGUUAAAGUACACCGCAGCGUCCGUCAUGAGACGAAAUUUUACAAAGCAACAAGGCGACUACAGUUUGCUUUGAUCCGCGAAUGGCGGAAGUUUUUUUUUGAAAAAAUUAUGAAUAGGAGGAAGCGCCAAGAAUAACUCGAGCAUUUCCG